UCCGCCCUUCCCGCCUCCCUUCUCCGAGCGUCUUAAACACAGGCCUUGGGCCUACAGCUCUGGGGGUACUUGGGGGGCGGGGGGCAGGUCUGAUGAGUAACCCCUCCCCCCAGGUCCCAGAGGGAGAAGCCUCUACAUCUGUCUGCCGGCCCAAGAGUUCCAUGGCCUCCGCUUCGCGCCGCCAGCGCCGAGAGCGUCGCUUCCGUCGGUACUUGUCCGCCGGCCGGCUGGUCCGGGCUCAGGCCCUCCUGCAGCGACACCCAGGCCUCGAUGUAGACGCCGGGCAGCCGCCACCCCUGCACCGGGCCUGUGCCCGCCACGACGCCCCUGCCCUGUGCCUGCUGCUGCGGCUCGGGGCCGACCCUGCGCACCAGGACCGCCACGGGGACACGGCCCUGCACGCCGCUGCCCGCCAGGGCCCCGAUGCCUACACAGACUUCUUCCUGCCACUGCUGAGCCGCUGUCCCUCCGCCAUGGGAAUAAAGAAUAAGGAUGGAGAGACCCCUGGGCAGAUCCUGGGCUGGGGACCCCCCUGGGAUUCCACGGAAGAGGAGGAAGAAGAUGAGGCUUCCAAGGAGCGGGAAUGGAGGCAGAAGCUGCAGGGCGAGCUGGAGGACGAGUGGCAGGAGGUCAUCGGGAGGUUUGAAGAUGAUGCUGCCCGUGAGACCCAGGAACCCGAGUCCUUCUCAGCCUGGUCAGAUCGCCUGGCCCGGGAGCACGCCCAGAAGCGCCAGCAGCAGCAGGAGGCAGGGAGAUCCCGGAGACCCCCGCGGGCCGAGGGCUCCAGUCACAGCUGGCGACAGCAGGAGGAGGAGCAGCGGCUCUUCCAAGAACGAGCCCGGGCCAAGGAGGAGGAACUGCGUGAGAGCCGAGCCAGGAGGGCCCAGGAGGCCCAGGGGGACCGAGAGCCAGAGCCGGCCAGGGCCAGGCCCAGGGCAGAGCCCCCUAGAGGGGCAGGGAGGGGCAGCUUGUGGCGCUUCAGCGAUGUGCCCUGGCCCUGCCCUGGGGGCGGGGACCCUGAGGCCAUGGCUGCAGCCCUGGUGGCCAGAGGGCCCCCCUUGGAGGAGCAGGGGGCUCUCAGGAGGUACUUACGGGUGCAGCAGGUCCGCUGGCACCCUGACCGCUUCCUACAGCGAUUCCGGAACCAGAUUGAGACCUGGGAGCUGGGCCGCGUGAUGGGAGCUGUGACAGCCCUUUCUCAGGCCCUCAAUCGCCACGCGGAGGCCCUCAAGUGACCCCAAGGAAAGGGCGACAAACUGUGGGCUGCAGUCUCAGGGCUGGGCGGAGGAAGGAUCAGGCCAGGGAUGGGGUCGGCAUGGUGCCAGAGACAGACGCCGUGCGAGGAUACGGGGUGGAAGCGAAACCAGUCGGAGCACGUGGGGGUGCAGGCCGACCGCGGCUCCUUGACUGCCAUUUCCUAAUAAGACCUGGUUCACGUCGCACUCCCGGUGUCUCCUCUGCCUUUUUCCAUCACUGUGGUUUGCAUCACUCAUUCAACAUCUCCUUUCCUGGCCGCCCGCUGAAACCCGCAGUUCCCGCACAGCUGCAGCACCCACAGGCGCGCCAAGGCGGACCCUCCGCUGGAGGGGAGAAGCCCCUGCUUGCCCACCCUCAUGGUCAGCCCCAGGAAGGCCCUCUUUGCCCUCCAGGCUCCCUCCCUCUGCUGGGAUCCUGUCCACUCUGCAGUCGCAGCUGGAGAAACAGAUGUGAACAGAGGCGAAAAAGGAACAAAACCAGUUUCCCUCCCCCCCACCAACUCCCCAGGCAGAACCACAUCCUCCUCCCCCUUUAACGCCCCCUCUCCCCAGCGCAGGGCUUUCCCUUUGCUGAGUCACUGAAUGAGCUGAGUUGGGGGCGGCUGGGGCUGGAGGACCAAGAGGAUGCUGGGGGAAGAAGACAGAGGCAGAAUGGAUGGAGGAAGAUCCCUGUGGGGGAGUGGAAUUUCGGUUGCUAAAAUUAGGAGCAGAUGGAGGAGGCGGAAAGGGCCGAGUUAUGUAACCCGGGUUAUCUGUUCUUGGGCAACUGGAGAUGCACAGCCAGGCUGCUGGGUCCCCAGCUCCUUGGGCCCAUCUCCACUCCAGGGCUGUAGUCUUCAUCUCUUCCACAGGUUCUGCCUCCACCCCCAGCCUGGGCUCCGUCUCUGGGCACCCCAGGCCUGGCCUUCCACGUAAACAUCUCUUCCAAGAACCAGGGGUGGUGGGAGGGGGCCUCCAUCCCUCCCACUGCUUCUGCCAGGGCCCCACUACAGUGCCCUGGAAACCAGGAUAAGAAAUGAUUUAACCAAACCCGCUGGCAUCAGGGGCACACCUGAGAAGUCAGCAAAAAGAAAGGGCAGGGCUGAAGGAAGGACAGCACCCGCUGGUGUGUGCGCAGCCGUGUGUGUCUGCGUCGGCGAAUCCUAACAUCGGAAACUUGACUUUGAGCUUUGAGCCCGGAUCUACACUGGAGAAUCCCACGAGUGGUGGUAGAAGGUAGCAGGACCAGGAGAGGAAGCUUCUGGAAACCUGGGGACAGGGGCUGGGCAUGAGACUGAAGAC